UUUCUUUGUACUUCCGUCAUAUUAAUUAGUUAAUUAUUAGACAAUAGAAUAGACUGUGGCUGUCCUAUAAAAUGGCAGGAAAAACAACAGAUCGAAAGGGAAAAAACAAAGACGCAAAACCAAUAUUAAACGAAAUCACUGGCACGCUAACAACAUUUACACUACCUGAGAGUUUAUCUUGCUCUGAAGUGGAAUUUCCAGUACUUAUAAAAAAGACGACCAAAGCAAACUGGCUUGAGAUAUUAGAAGAGAGUAAUAAUAAAUUAAAGGAAAUUGAGGAGUAUACAGAAAAUAAAAAAGACCCCAUUCCAAAGGCUCCUUUUCAAAAAACUGAAUGUGACUACAUACAAAAUGAAGUAUUUGUAUAUCUUAUACCUGCACUAGAAGAAACAUUGAACAAAGCGAAGAUUUGGGAUGCCCUUGUAAGGCAGAAAUGUUUCUUCAAUGGAAUAGAUCACAUGGUCCAAGUCUUAUGGAACAAUAAUCCUCGUUAUCCAGAACGCAAAGACAACAAUUUACAUUUGUUUAAUAUGCCAUGGAUUCGAAAAUACCUUAAGGACAACCCACGGCCCUUCUACCCCAAAUCUUGGCUAUGGCCUGAAAACUAUGCUGCUACACUAAUACAAAAAACGGUGCGCCAAUACUUUGUACAACGUGAGGAUGACGUGCAAGAAAUGCGCGGCUUUUGGAAGAAACUUGAAGUGGAGCGCACGGUCCCUAAUAUGGACACGAAUCCAUAUUUGUAUAAAAAAUUUGCUUCCCUCCAGAAGUUCCGUAAAAACUGAAUAAUAAAAUAAGAAUAAUAUUCAUUUCCAAAUUUAUUUAUUACUAUAAUUUCACUU